AUGGUUUAUCGUGUUCCCACCCAAUUAGAAUCUUUCGUGCCACCCCCUGCGUCCCAGCCUCCAAAUCCCGUCAUCUCCGGCGGGCCAGUACAGCCGUGGAGAGGCAGUUUCAUUGUAAGCGGUAUGCGUGCUUCCGAUGUCGGAAAUAACCAGGAAAUCAAAAUCAAUGCUGUGGAAUCGGAUGGAUUAACGCCACCCAGAUAUUCCGAGCUUUGGCCAACGUCUCUCAUUUUUUCCAUCACAACCCCAAAUGCUGUUCCGAUCUACGGUCAACUCCAGAAUUAUCUGAAUACCCACUCCAAUUCGAUUCCUCGCGCUACCUUUCUUCCUGAUAAACUCAGAGACCCGAACGGAAAUAUGGUUAAUCAAAACAAAUUCCGAGCGCUUUCACGGCAUCUGUGGGAUAAGCAAUUGGUUGCGGUAGUCAUGUUCCCUUUACCCUCACAGAGACCAUCCCCACCCCACAGUCCCCCUAUCCCUCCCGGAAGGGGUGCAGGUUUGCUCAUCUUUCCCGUCGCCACUUCAACAGCCAUACUUCUCGGCGCCGUUUUCGUCUCUGAACCGUUUCCCGAUUUCGUUUAUUCUUCCCAGAAUCUCUCAACGUUUCAUCCAAUGAAUGCCGCGGAUGGCUCCAGCCAUCCGAGUCGUGGCAGAGAGUUGUCCAUCCCGAUUUCUCCGACCGUCAUCCAAUCACAUUCGAGGCAGCAGCAGCAACAUAUCCACCCCCAUUCAUUUUCGUCCAAUGUUUCACACGCUCAGUCUCCACAUUCUCAUCCACGACACGCUCCUUACGACCCAAGUGAUACCUUUCGGCAAUCCAUCAGUCCUACCUCCUCUUCUGAGGGUUAUGAAAGUCGCUUUUCUCCUCAAGUAUAUCGUUCUACACCCGAACUCGAAGGUUCUAACAAUGUCAACAUAUCUUCCUUCAAUCGUCAUACAUCCCAUCCAUAUACAGGACCUAAUUCUCAUGCACCGUCGUCGUCGUCUAAUCAUCAUACACAAACUACCUUUCCACCCGCAGGGAAUACUACUAGUCCUUCACAAUGGUCCCGCACAGCGGAAAAUAAUACGAGGACCUUGCAAUACCCUCAAUAAUACCCAUCCCGGCGAGUAAAUUCUUGAAAGAUUUACUAACCCCACUAGAGUUUGUACAAUUCCCCCAAUACCCUGCUUCUCUUGACUUUUCGUUGUAUUGAUAAGUUGCUCUGAUUUCUUCCCGUUUCUUAUACCCC